AUGGUGUACAUCCUCGUUCAGAAUUUCGUGACCAAAAAAGUGUUUCAUUGCGGCGGAACCCUAAUCAGUGAUAGACAUAUCCUGACGACAUCCGACUGCUUUUUUCGAGGCUUUUUUGAAAACCAAUUGUUUGCUGUUGAUAUUUUGAACAUUACCCUGGGCGCUCAUGACUUGAACGCGAACAGCAGCGACAGCUUCCGCCAAAUCGCCCAACGGAAUUCAAUCGCUUCCUAUGUCAUAUUGAAUAAUUCGCUCAGCGCUUAUCUCAGCAUCGUAACCCUUGGCAAUGCUGUUGAGCUAAACGAUUACGUCCAGCCAGCGUGUCUACCGUUCGGAGACGAUCCAGAUCAUGUUGACGAUCCCGUGGUCCUUACCGGAUGGGGUGACUAUGAUGAUGCUGCAAUAAGUCGCAUUUUGCGUAAAACCACUACGACGGUCAUAUCUUCAACUGGAAGCAAUGAGCAAUGCCAACAAGAAGCCGGCAUAGGCCCGUUCUCCGGUGAAAAAAUCAUUUGCGGCGACGGAUCACAACACCGUCGCUUUUGCAGUGGCGAUGUCGGGGGACCGAUGAACUACUACAAUAAGGAGUGCGGAAGGUGGUUUGUGAUUGCAAUAGCCAGUAAGAGCGACAUAUCUGCCGACUGUGAGAGCAAGAACAGCAAGCCCAACGUUUUCAUUCGAGUCAGGAGUCAAUUAAAUAUGAUUCCUGAUGCGGGCGUAGUUCCUCCAAUUGCAUGUCGAUCAUCGGCUGCCAAAAUGACGAAAUUUGAACGGAAAUUACAGAUACCCGAAGCCAGCGAUUUAAUAACGACUAUUAGGCAGUCUAAUGGGAAGACCAUAUCAAUGAUGACGUUGACAAACCCCGGCAUACCCACAUUUUAA